AUGUCGUUCAACCAUCCCCGCCGAACUACAAAGACCACAUCGUCUGCUCUGACUCCUUCUUCGUCGAAUGUGUCAGGCCGUCCCACCGUUAAUACCAACAUGUCCCUUCGCAAAGGAGCUACCUUUCAUUCACCCAACAGCCCUGAGCGUGAGAUCCCUCAUCACUUCAAGGUCCCCUCACUACCUCGUCGCUCUCAAACAACACUGGAGGAUGUUGUCGACGCCCACAAACGUCGUGUCGCCAUAACUCUUGGAGACAUUGAUCGCAGUCUUUCAGCAAUCGACGAUUGCUCCUCUACGACAAGACAAUCCUUCCCGGACGACGCCAACCCCGUCCCCCAAGGGUUCCUCGAUCACACCGUCGGCUCACCGACGGCCAAAUCAUACGGUCCAACAAUGGCAGGUGUUAUGGACCAGGAGCCUGCUGCAAGCAGACGCUCCCUGCGACCCCGCCAGAACCGCCGCCCUUCCAGAUAUUCCGAUAGCGGGCUCGGAUCCUCAAUCGGUUCCACGUCUGGAAAGAAAGCUGCAGACACUCAGCCAACCAGCGUCUCUGAUGACCAUUGCGCUAAGUCAAUCGUCACAGCUUCAGCUAUAACUAGGUCGGCUGCUGCUCAUUCUUCAACAAUUGAGAGUCUUCCCAGACUCAGCGCUCGUGCAAGCAAUCGAAUCCACGAGCAUAUUCUGAAGCCGCUGCUCGCCAAAUCGUCCUUGAAAGACUUCCACCCAAUUGUCAAGGACUGUCCCAGAAGGAUCCACGGUAAGGAGAUAGUAUGUCUUCGUGAUCUCGAGAAGACUCUGAUAUUUAUGGCACCCGAGAGAGCCAAGACUGCCGCCUUGUAUCUCGAUUUCUGCCUCACGUCAAUCCGGUGCAUCCAAGCGACUGUCGAAUUUCUCAGCGACCGCGAACAAAUUCGUCCACACGACCGCCCAUAUACUAACGGAUACUUCGUCGAUCUCGUCGAUCAGAUCAAGCAGUACGCCCAGCAGGUCCAGGCCGCCAAAGAGAAGGAAGAGAAAGGAGAGAAGAUCGGCGAGAUGGAUCCAGAAUCAACCGAUGAAGUCAGACUUCACGGUGGUCUUACCAAGAACGGACGUCCCGCAGAACUCGUACGAGUUAAGAAGAACGGCAAAGCCAUCUCUGUCGCAACUGGACUUCCAGUGGAUAUCGAAGAGGAUAGCAAAGACGCCAUGCGAUUCAAGCGGUCUCUGAGCGAGGAGGCCGAAGAAGAUGAGUCGAUCUUGCGCUCCAUGGCCCGCCGCAAGAGAUCUGCCUCGGCGGCAGAGCUCGCACCAAAACGCUGCCGUGAGCCUGGAUGUGACAAGGAGUUCAAGCGACCUUGUGAUCUGACCAAGCACGAGAAGACCCACUCUCGCCCAUGGAAGUGCCCAGAGGAGUCGUGCAAGUAUCACGAGUAUGGCUGGCCCACCGAGAAGGAGAUGGACAGACAUCAUAACGACAAGCACUCUUCCGCUCCCCCUCUUUACGAGUGUCACUUCAAGCCCUGCCCAUACCGAUCCAAGCGUGAAUCCAAUUGCAAACAGCACAUGGAGAAGGCUCACGGCUGGACAUAUGUUCGAUCCAAGAACAACGGUAAGAACCGUGACAAGGCAACCGCCACUACCACCACCAACCCAAACACCGGCUUGCCAACGCCCACCAUCACCAAUAUGCAUACCCCAAGCAGUGAUGGAAACACCGUAGCCACUCCCGAGGAAGAUGAUAUCAUGACUGGUUAUGAUGGAUCGGUUUGGGAACCUCAGACGGGGCUUGAUUUCCCAGUCUACCCAUCUGACGAGGAGAUGUUUGCUCCAGGUCAUCAGCUGACUUUGGACUAUUCUCCCAUUUCUGAGCCCAUGAAUUCAAACUCAUCCAAUGGCCAAUCUCCUUUCAUGGGAUCCAACGGUCUCGAUGACCAGUUCAGCACCAACUUUGAUGCCUUCCAAAACACCGGAAACGCAGACUUCAGUCUCUUCGAGAACGAAGACUUGUACUCUGCCCGCGUCCAACUUCCUCCCACUCCCUCUCAUGAUAUCUUCUCCAUGGGUCAAUAUGAGACUUCGGGAAUGACCUACAACAACCCUAUGCCGCACAUCUCUCCCGUUGGCCACGGAAAUACGAUGCUCUACACACCCACUUCUUUACGUGAAGUUGAUGAAGGCUUUGAGGAUUUUGUUCCCAGCAACUGUAACCUCGGCAAUGACUUCCAGCUUUUCCCCAGUUCAACCGGUGGCACGAUCGCCAGCUCUGCACCCAGCGCACUCUUCGGCGAGAUCCCCAGCCCCAUGAAUAAUUUCGCUGGUGCAUCAGCUCAGCAAUUACUGGAUUUCUACGCAGCAAGCACAGCCGCUGUCACUGGUCAGGUGCACCAAGGAAUGGACUGGUCAAUGGACGACCAAUUCACCAACGGAUACCGAUCACAGUAA